CUUUCCUCUUUCUCCGAAUGGAGAGGGCUAGUUUUUUUUCCUCCCUCCCCCACCUCUCCAUCUCAUCUAUUGAAGCACGGCGGACGGGAGAUCGGAGGAGAGCGGAGAGCUGUGUCCGGAGAGCCGUGCAUUGGAGGGACUGUACAUUGUAUUGGAGGAGAUGAUAGUGAGCCCCGGGCUGAGAAGGAAUCGGAGCGGCCGGUGCAGCUCGUGCUAGUCAGCGCUCACUCACCCCCCGGUCCUCGUCUCCUGGCUCCGGCUCACACAUAAACAAAUACACGGUGAAUGCGGGAAGCGGCUCAGACGUCCGGACCGCGAGAUGUGGGGAUGGAAGGCGCUAAGCUCCACUCGCCGCCCUCCCCCGGAGAGGCAUGAAGAGAGCCGAGGACGGAGAAGAAGCCUGUCUUCCUGUACUACAAGCCCGCUAAGCCUGGAGCCUUCUCCCCGCCGCACACUGCGGACACAGCAUGGCCUCGGCUGCCUGGCCUGAUGAUGACGAGUCCCGGAGUACGGCGACAAGGAGAAGGAGGGGACCGGAGCCCGCCACCGGGGGAGAAGGAGGAGGAGGGCCGCCCGACCUAGACUAUCUCCAGCGCCCGAGCUACUGUGAUGCCAGCUUCGCCCUGCAAAACAUCUCCGAGGGGAAGGCUACGGGCAGGAAAGCUCCAUUGUGGCUCCGAGGAGUGUUUCAAAGACUAUUAUUUAAACUUGGUUGCUACAUACAAAAAAACUGCGGCAAGUUUUUGGUAGUGGGCCUCUUGAUAUUUGGUGCUUUUGCUGUGGGAUUACGAGCAGCAAACCUAGAGACGAAUAUGGAGGAGCUUUGGGUCGAAGUUGGUGGGCGAGUGAGCCGUGAGCUAAAUUAUACGCGGCAGAAGAUCGGAGAAGAAGCCAUGUUCAAUCCACAACUCAUGAUCCAGACUCCACUAGAGAAUGGUGCUAACGUCUUAAACAUAGAAGCUCUAAAACAACACCUUCACUCAGCACUCGAAGCCACCAAGGUGCAAGUCUUCAUGUAUAACAAGCCUUGGAAACUAGAAAAUUUGUGCUUUAAAUCAGGAGAACUUAUCACAGAAACUGGUUAUAUGAGCCAGAUCAUAGAAUCGCUAUACCCCUGCUUAAUCAUCACACCUUUGGACUGCUUUUGGGAAGGAGCAAAACUUCAGUCUGGAAUAGCAUAUCUACCAGGUAAACCCGCUUUGCAAUGGACAAACUUUGACCCCACGGCCUUGCUGGAGGAGGUGAAGAGAGCUCAUUUCCAAGUAGACAUCUGGGAGGAAAUGCUAAAUAAGGCUGAAGUUGGUCACGGUUAUAUGGACCGCCCCUGUCUCAACCCAUUCGAUUUGGAUUGUCCGCCUACAGCACCCAACAAAAAUUCAUCUAAACCUCUCGAUGUUGCGCUCGUCUUAAGUGGAGGAUGUUAUGGUCUUUCCAGAAAAUACAUGCACUGGCAAGAGGAACUGAUCAUUGGUGGCACUGUUAAGAAUACCAGUAAAAAACUUAUCAGUGCCCAGGCAUUACAGACUAUGUUUCAGUUAAUGACUCCCAAGCAAAUGUUUGAGCAUUUCAAGGGUCAUGAGGACAUUCACAACAUUAAUUGGAAUGAAGACAAAGCGGCAGCCAUUUUGGAAGCUUGGCAAAGGACAUAUGUUCAGGCUGUGCAUCAAAGUGUUCCACAAAACUCCACUCAGAAAGUUCUCCCUUUUACCACAACAACACUGGACGACAUUCUCAAAUCAUUCUCCGAUGUGAGUGUCAUCAGAGUUGCCAGUGGGUACCUGCUAAUGCUUGCCUAUGCCUGUUUAACCAUGCUGAGGUGGGACUGUGCCAAGUCUCAGGGUGCCGUGGGGCUGGCUGGAGUUUUGCUCAUUGCACUUUCAGUGGCUGCUGGAUUGGGCCUGUGUUCAUUGAUUGGGAUUUCCUUUAAUGCUGCAACAACUCAGGUUUUGCCUUUUCUUGCUCUUGGGGUUGGUGUUGACGAUGUAUUUCUAUUGGCACAUGCAUUUAGUGAAACUGGCCAAAAUAAAAGGAUUCCAUUUGAGGACAGAACUGGGGAGUGCCUAAAGAGGACAGGAGCUAGUGUAGCUCUGACUUCAAUCAGCAAUGUGACCGCCUUCUUCAUGGCAGCUCUGAUACCUAUUCCUGCACUCAGGGCAUUCUCACUCCAGGCUGCUGUUGUAGUUGUCUUCAACUUUGCCAUGGUUCUGCUGAUAUUUCCUGCCAUUCUGAGCAUGGACCUGUAUCGAAGGCGAGAUCGAAGGCUGGACAUCUUCUGCUGCUUUAGCAGUCCCUGUGUCAGUAGAGUGAUUCAGAUUGAACCCCAAGCAUAUCUGGACAGUAAUGAUAAUACACGCUACAGCCCUCAACCACCCUACAACAAUCACAGCUUUGCUCACGAGACUCAAAUCACCAUGCAGUCAACUGUCCAGCUGCGGACAGAGUAUGACCCAAGGACUCAGUCUUAUUAUACUACAGCGGAGCCUCUAUCGGAAAUAUCUGUCCAGCCGACUCUCUCGACACCCCAUGAUUCCAGUCGUCAGACACCAGAAGGCACAAGUUCUACCCGGGACCUGCUUACUCAGUUCUCAGAGUCUGGUCUUCUGUGCCCUGAGCCUUCCUGUUCAAAAUGGACACUUUCCGCAUUUGCUGAGAAGUACUAUGCCCCAUUCUUGUUGAAACCAAAAGUAAAGGUUGCGGUCAUAUUUUUUUUCUUGGCCUUGCUUAGCAUCAGUCUGUAUGGCACCACCCGGGUUCGAGAUGGUCUGGAUCUCACAGAUAUUGUUCCUCGAGAAACCCGGGAGUAUGAUUUCAUAGCAGCACAGUUUAAGUAUUUUUCAUUCUACAACAUGUAUGUGGUGACACAGAAAGCGGACUAUCCUCGUUCCCAGCGCUUGCUUUAUGAUCUGCACAAGAGUUUUUCCAGUGUCAAGUAUGUUCUUUUGGAAGGCAACAAUCAGCUUCCCAAAAUGUGGCUCCAUUAUUUCAGGGAUUGGCUACAAGGGUUGCAAGAUACGUUUGACCGUGAAUGGGAGGCUGGGAAAAUAACCUAUAACAAUUAUAAGAAUGGUUCUGAUGAUGCGGUUCUUGCCUACAAACUUUUAAUACAGACCGGAAACUCGGAUAAACCAAUUGAUUUAAGUCGGUUGACUAAACAGCGCCUGGUGGAUGCAGAUGGGAUCAUUCAUCCAAAUGCUUUCUACAUCUAUUUAACAGCCUGGGUGAGUAAUGACCCUGUAGCCUAUGCUGCUUCCCAGGCCAACAUCCGCCCUCAUCCACCAGAGUGGAUCCAUGACAAAGCAGACUACAUGCCUGAAACCAGGACAAUUCGCGCAGCUGAGCCAAUCGAGUAUGCCCAGUUUCCGUUCUACCUCAAUGGUCUUCGAGAGACGUCAGACUUUGUGGAAGCCAUCGAGAAAGUGAGAGCCAUUUGUAACAAUUAUACCAGCCUGGGAGUGUCAAAUUAUCCGAACGGCUACCCAUUCCUCUUCUGGGAACAAUAUAUUGGUCUCCGCCAUUGGCUCCUCUUGUCCAUCAGCGUGGUCUUGGCCUGUACAUUCCUGGUGUGUGCCCUUUUCCUGCUGAACCCCUGGACUGCUGGAAUCAUUGUUCUGGUACUGGCCCUUAUGACGGUGGAGCUAUUUGGGAUGAUGGGUCUUAUUGGCAUUAAGCUAAGUGCUGUGCCCGUGGUGAUCCUCGUAGCCUCGGUGGGCAUUGGUGUAGAAUUUACCGUACAUGUGGCUUUGGCUUUUCUCACAGCCAUUGGUGAUAAGAACCGGAGGGCGGUUUUGGCUUUGGAACACAUGUUUGCACCAGUGCUGGAUGGAGCCGUCUCAACUCUCCUGGGGGUCCUUAUGCUAGCUGGCUCUGAGUUUGACUUUAUUGUCAGAUACUUUUUUGCUGUCCUAGCAAUAUUAACCCUCCUUGGAGUUCUGAAUGGAUUGGUGCUGCUGCCAGUUCUCCUCUCGUUUUUUGGACCUUACCCUGAGGUCUCCCCUAUUGAUGGAAGAGACCGGCUACCUACACCUUGCUUGGUUCCUCCACAAAGUAUUGUGAAGUUUCCAGUGUUCACACGACAAGCACAUACAGGAUCCGAUUCUUCAGACUCUGAGUCCGGUUCUCAGACAACAGUAUCUGGCAUCAGUGAGGAGCUUCGUCAGUAUGAGGCUCAACAGUCAGCUGGAGUACCACCUCAUCAAGUUAUGGUGGAGGCUACAAGAAACCCAGUCUUCCCUAGGUGUUCUGUUGUUCAACCAGAUACCAGACAGAGCCAGUCAAGUCAGAGGACGCAAGCUAAUCAGGACUCCAGACCUCAGCAACAGUGGCGACCUAGUAGGAAUCAGAGGUGGGAACCAAGGGAUGGUUUGUGUCCACCUCCAUACCGACCUCGUAAAGACGCUUUUGAAGCUUCUGCUGAGAAGCAUAGUGGGACUAGUACCAGAGAACGCUCAGGGCAAAGACCCCACUUACAGAACAACAGGAAACCUGCUUUUGCUCCAGCAGGUGCUUCAGUGCCUUCAUACUGCCAGCCUAUUACUACUGUGACUGCAUCUGCUUCAGUUACUGUAGCAGUUCAUCCUUCUUUGUGUAGCCACAGUGCUCGUGGUAGCUACCCAUUCUACAGUGGGUAUCAUGAAGAUGAACAUGGACCUUUCCAGGACCCUCAUGUGCCUUCUAAUGUGCGGUAUGAAAAAAGGGACUCAAAAGUAGAAGUGAUAGAACUGCAAGAUUUUGAAUGUGAAGAAAGAACACAAGGACAUUUCUCAAAAUAAGAGUCCACACAUUCUGAAUUAUCGAUGGCCAAAGAUGGGACAAAAUUUCCAGACUGUUUAAUGAAAGCUGCUGGAGGUUUUAUAUAAUGGACAUGCUGCAUCAGGACAACAGUUCAUUGUUACUGUAAACUAUUGUACAAAUGUGUUAAAUAUUGUUUAAAAAUAUUUAAAAGGUGUAUAAAUAUGUAAUAUACAGAAAAUUGUGUAAAGUUAGUAUAACGGUGGAGUUUCCCGACUCCUUUUUAACAGAUGGGGCAAAGCAGAUUUGCCCUCUCUACUUAAUGUACAGGAUCUGAGUCACAUUUUAAAUAAUCUAGAUACAAGAAUCAGCAUUAUUUGUUUUCUGCUGCUUAAAUAUUGUAUAAUGGACUUGUAUAAUUUCUAUGCAAAUAUUGCUUAUAUAUUAGGUGUUUAUAUGUGUAAAAGGUUUGUGUUUUGAUGUUUAAUGUUCAUAUCACAACCCUGUGGUAGUAUGUUGCUGAUCAUUUCAAACACGCUAUGCGUGAGUAUUUUCUAUUCUUUUCAGACAGACAGAUAUGAAGAAUUUGUCUUAGCUGAUGUUGUUCCUUGCCUGUCCUUGUGUGCACCUGUCUCAUGUGAUAACUUACUGUACAGUCUGUCCCACUGUGCAUAGUCUUGGUGUGCUUAUGUACAACCUGCAAAGUCUCCUCUCCAUCAUGAGCACUUACUAAAGGACUUACAUCCUCAUUGGCAAAAAAAAAGUGAGCUCUCACUUCCACUUAUGUCUUUUUUAUGAGGUGGGGUUUGGCAAUAUUUGGCAUUCUCACUGCUGUUAAUGGCAAGCUCCUGUUGUGCUUAGACAGUUGCAUUGAUCGGCCAUCACCUCCAUUUACACUCCAGUAAGUGGUAUGCCAAACAUUGCCUUUCCCUUCUUGUAAGUGAAAGCACUUCAAUGAAUAGGGGAGAACUUUGUUGUACUCAUUUUAUAUGGCUUAUGAUACCCACUCUUUAUGUUGGUGCUAAUAUUCUGUUUUGUGUUUCUUGUCUCUAAACAAAAUGUAAAAGUUUUCCCUAUCUACCUCCCUUCCUCUUUUACAUACAUAGAUAUGUUUGUUCAGAGUUUACCUUUAUGCUAUUAAUUUAAUUCAAAUAUUAAGAUUUAUUUUCUUUUUUUUUUUUGUAAUACUUUGAUAUACUGUAUGAUUUCUUCCUGUCCCAUUGUGGGGUUGCAGUGCAUUACAUUGCAUGCUGCUUUGUCAUAGAAGAAGUUUUAUUUGAGAUACUUAAAUCAUUAAGGCACUUGUUUUAAAAAAAAAAAAAAAAACCUAACCUGAAAUACAUGGCUGCCUUUUCUUAUUAUAAGCUAUUGUUACAUAAGCACACUGAGACCUCCAUAAAUAUCUGUGUUCAGAUCACUGCCAUCAAUGCAGAUUGCAACUGCCAUUGACAGUACAAACAUUGCCCUGUGUGCUUGCAGUGUAAUAACCGCAUAGCACUAAUAUGUAUGUGUUUCAAGCUAAACCAUAUGACACAACCUGAAAAACUACCUUCACCCCACUAAUCGGCAUACAUAGCACAGUGAUGCUCAAACUUCCUGUGGUUUCUUUCAUUCAUCUAAGAUCAAAGCUGGCAUUCUUUUAGGUGAUCAAAUGCUCCAUUCUCUCUUCAUAAGAUUACGAUCAAGUUCCAGUCUAGGGGAGAACAUUCCAAUACUGAAAACUGGGAUACUUUUAAACCCCCCCACACUCCCUAUUUGACAAAACCCAGCAUCGAUUCUAUUAAGCUUCACUGUUGUUGUUUUUUUUCAACAUUCAGAUUUAAUGCAAAAAAAAAAAGGCAGUCUGUGGGGUUGAUUUACUAAAGGAACAGAGCAUGUUCACUUUGUACAGGAAUUAAAUUUAGCUUGGUGGAUGUCACUUUACAUAGACUAUACAAUGUGCAAGGGAAAUUAAAAAAAUAAAACAUUUAAGUUGAUUUUUUUUUUUCUUGUAAGCCCUGGAUCACAUUGAUGCAAAUUGACAUGUCAAAUCACAUGCCAAAUCGACGGCAAUUGCUGGCAGCGUCCGAAUCGGCACAACGCCACAUUCGCGGCACCGCACAGAUUCCAAAUGUAUUUUCUGUACUACUUUUGGCGAUUUUGGGGUGUGAUUUUUGUUUUCGCACAGAUGUCUCUGAAAUCGUGAGUUCAGCACAAUUUCAUUCCCACAGUCAAUGUGAAUUAAGGCUAAAUGAUUGAAGUUAGAGCUUCAUCUCAUUCACUUGGCUAAGGAAAAUUCCAGUGCAAAGUGAACGGCCUAUAUUGCUUUAGUAAAUGAACCCCCUAUAGGUUCCUAAUGUAUAUGCUGUGCAUUUAAAUUAUGUAGAUUUCACUGCAUACCGGCCAGUUUCAUUGUGCUUUGAUUGUUUCCUUGCAGCAGACACAUUCCCUUUUUAAAGAUGUGUUAAUGUAAAAGCUUUAAGAAUGUUGGCUCAUAAAAUAGGCUAGAGUUAUACCCUUUUGACUAUCAUGUGAAGGAGGGCAUAUAUCUCAUGUUUUCUAGGUGGGCAAGAAAUGCUGCAAGAGGUAAAAGACCCCACCAAAUUUCUCUGUACUUUCAGUUCAGAAGAUAUUUUAUGAAGCUGGCAUUUUCAAUUUCAGUUAUUACUCUAUAUACUCAUAUUUCAAAGUCUGGGGCUGAUUUACUAAGUGAAUUGAAAACCUUUGCACAAUAAAUUGUGUAAAUAUGCAAUUAUCCAGUUGUUCGGUGGAAAUUUGGUAUUCACCUGAUUGGGUAUUUGAUGUGAAGAUUUUCACAGUCAUUGCCACACUGUAUAGCCUGGUUGAUGACCCCGCUAUUUACUACUGCGUCUUUGCAGAUUCCUGUGUCACCCGCCUGCUUAUUGGACUAUGAAAAAGGCUUAUCACUCUGAUGAGGUCCACCCUGUGCUCACCUCCUGCAGCUCAAACCACCUGAAAACCUGUCGAAUUACAGCAGCAUUUUGUCCAACUGCCUCACCGUAUUUAACUUCCCAUUCCCCGAUUUCUGCUGCACAGGUGGCAGGGCAAAACAUAUAAAGCUAGAUACCAGGCAGCUACAUAGGAGCAGUGUUUUAAAACUGGUGUUCCACCUCAAGGAGAAGCAGGAGACAAAUACAGGGUCGGCUUCUGAAAAUGCUACUUCACUGGCUUUUAUACAUUGCAUGCAGUAAGUGAAGUGUGUUUUUUGUGUUUUAAGGUCAAUGAGUUGAUGAGGAACAAAGAUUAGCAUAUCAGCCAGGAAAGUAGCAAAAAAUAAAGAUAGGUUGUCCUUGCCUACCUCACUUUCUGAAAAGUGAUGUCAGCAAGGACAAAUUACUUUUUUUUUUUUUUCUCUGUAAGGUUCUCAUUUACCUGUUGGGACAUUAAUUUGUUGAUCAGUUAAGCAUUCCUAAAUGUAAAUCUGAAAGCAUCACUGUGCUAUCAUGCCAUACCUGCAGUGGUACAAUAUACUAGUGCCUUUCAUUGCUCAUCCCUCCAAGUACCACACUACAUUCUUACACUGCCAAAUAUCUUCCCUCUCCCUUGUUAGUGUGUCUGCUGCCUUCUGCACAGUAUAGACUUUAUAUAUCUCCUAUAGUCACAUUGGCAAAGGGAGAAACUUAGCUGGCAAAUAUUUUUUUGUUCCUUUUUUUUAUUUUUUUAUAUUUAUAUUUUUGUAUAUUAAGAAUGUUCUUACAGUAUUUGUCAUGCCAGUUUAUAACAAAACAAUGCAGGGAUUUUUUUUUCUUUUAAUUUCUAUUGGAAAGACUAUUACAGCUAUGGGCUACUUUUUAAUUGAAUUUCUAUUUGUAUAGAGUGCUUACUAAUGUUAAAUAGGAGAGAAUAUAUAACAUUUACAAUAAAGACUCAUAGCUUUCUAGAUUAAGGAGUUAAAAAGGAAAAAUAUUCAAACUGGGUCUCAUUCCAGCCUUUUUAUGGCAGGCAUGAGUUUUUGUGUCAUUUCAUUUACAAAGAUAAACAUAUGCCAUAUAAUUUAUUUAUAUGAAAAUUUAUUUUUGUAGUGUACAUAGUAGUCAUCAAGUCUUUUUUGACAAAAGUAUAUUUUUAAAAGAGUUUAUAUGUAUUGAUACCAUUUGUGAGACAUGGAACUUGAGUACAGUGCACACUUUUUAAACUACGCCAGACAAAAUACUGCUUAGCCCCUUCAUGACUAUGGGUUGGCCACCUACAUGCAUAGGGGGUUGCUAGACCAUUCCAUCAGAGAACGGGUUAACCACAGACCGAGAAAGACCAUUAUAACUCACUAUACCGAAUGUGUUUCAUUGUUUGUGAACUAGUGUGGUUUACAUUUCAAACGUUGGAAAUAAAAAUUUGUACAAAAUCUCUAAAUAAUAAUGUUCGAACACUGAUAGAAUUUCUAACCUGAAUAAAAAUUAUCAUAACUUAUAUGUGA